AUGUCUUGGAAGCUGCUAGCGAGCCCCAUUCUUUAUCUUGCACUCGUGUUCCUGCUCGUGGGAGAUCUCGGGUCGCAUAUCUCGGCAAAUGCUUACGACAUAGAAUGCACCUUGUCGUGGCAUCCACCGUUUACCCCAAACGGUCCAGCUCAGUGCAUGGUAGCAGAGAUUCCCAAUUCGAAGAAAGGUAAACAUGAUGGGAAGCCGCAGCAAGUGUAUGAAUGUUCGUGGUGCGGAAGGGGAGAUGGCAAACCUUCUUCUUGUUAUGACUGCCUUAACGGCAACGAUGAACCGGUCACGGGUCCGGGUGGAUCAUGGGAUUGCCCUGCCGGAGUCGAUGUGUGGCCCAAGCUCGGGGCAUAUCAGUUUGUUUGCUCACGUUUUGAACAGGGCCAACAGGUUGACUACUUUUGCAAGCGCCGACAUCUGAACGGAGCAUGUCCUUCGGACAAGUGUAAACAAAUUGAAUAG